AUGCCUGGCGGCAUACAUCCUCCCCUCGAUGUCAAGCUUAGUUGGCCAAAACCCAACUAUGUCGAUCCGGUACUUCGACCAAAUACCAUUGUGCUGCUGGCCUGCAUUAUGGGACCAAUCACUGUCGUGAUGACUCUUGUAAGGAUGUGGGUCAGAGUCUUUCAUCAACGUUGUGCUGGUUGGGACGACUGGCUGAUGUUCGCUGCCCUCAUCCCAACUAUCGCGUUGACAGUUCUCUAUCCUCUCGCGAGUCAUCAAGCGUUCGAUCGACACAUCUGGGACCUAGACUACCUAUUCGACCCCGAAGUUAUCGUCAUCGCCCGCAAGUACGUUCUGGCAACAGAGUGUAUAUUUUGUGUCGCAACUGGUCUUAUCAAGGUCUCCAUUCUGCUCUUCUACCGACGUCUCUCAUCGCGAGCCGUCUCGAGGAAGUUCGUCUGGGUGACAUGGGCGAGUAUCAUCUUCAUCAUCGCCUACAGUAUCGCCUUGACCCUGGCCCCGAUUUUUGGUUGCCAACCAAUCUCAGCGUUCUGGGAUCAAGUCAAUAUCAUCAAGGUGCUACAGGGGUACGAAUUCCACUGCUUCGAUGAAGGUGCCGAUGUUUUGGCUGCUAGCAUUAUAUCAGUGGCGCAAGACCUCUUGACCGCUAUACUUCCUACCUUCCUCUACUGGAACCUCCAGAUACCGUUUCGACAAAAGCUAGCAUUGUUUGGUAUCUUUGCUAUGGGUUACGGUGUUGUUGCCCUUGGAUGCGUACGAGCUUACUACAGCUGGUACACAUUCUAUGGCACGUACGAUGUCACAUGGUCGACGUGGAACCUAUUUCUCACUUGCAUGCUUGAGCUGCAUAUUGGAUGCCUGUGUGCGAACGCUCCCGCCAUGAAGGUUUUCUUCAAGCAUUUCUUCCACGAGAAGCUUACUCAGCGGUCAAGAACUAGGACACCAGCAGGCUCCGAUGAUCGCCAGGAUAGCGCGCAAACCAAGUCGAAACAUUCAUGGAGGAAGUUCGCGCCAAACCUCACAACCGGAAGCUGGGCGCACAGCUCCAAAGGGUAUCACGACUCUCAUACUGGCGUAUCUGUCGACCCACAUGGUGGCGUACAUGUCCACAAGGAGAUACAAGUCACACGUUCGCCAGUGAGUACAGCGUUUCCAUCCACCGGUAUCCGGCCAUCUUCAACCAUCACAACGGAUAUGAUCUGCGACCGUGAUUACGAAGACAUCGAGCUUGGUCGCUACACCACGGCGCACAAUUCCCAUGCAUCCAGCAUGCGAUCCACCAGGCUCUUUGAAGGACAUGACUUGGAGGCACUUCCCCCGCUACCCAAAUCUCCUGCAUCACCAAGAUCUCCAGCUAGCUCUGCAUCCCUCGUGUCACAUCCUCAUACACCAACGGAGAAGUCGUCUUUGACGCCCUUGCCAGCCAUUGUACUGAGCGAUGAGGUCGAGAAAGAGAGGAGCGCAACGCCCAUGCCACUGUCGAACAUGCAUCAGUCGCCCUACCCACCACGGGGCUUAAGCCAGAAGAAGCCAAGCUGGCAGUCGUGGUCAUGA